AAUUGCUCCAGACUUGCCAGCAGUUGCAGAGAUGAUGACUCUGUGUUGCGCCAGGCUGCAAAUGCUGCGUGGAUCGGUUUUCGAACAAACACGGUGCUUUGGGGCUUUUGCGUUGGAAAGAGUUCCCUUUGAUCAACCUGCCGUGAAGGUGCAGAAAAGGCUUUUGAGUCUGUCGUCCGGGCUCCGGUGUGACGCUGCAGCAGACAGCAGCCAACUCACUGAUAAGGUGACAGUACACUUCAUCAACCGAGACGGUGAAACUCUUACAGCAACAGCAAAGGAGGGUGACAGUCUGCUGGAUGUUGUUAUAAAGCACAACUUGGAUAUCAAUGGGUUUGGUGCCUGUGAAGGAACCCUGGCCUGCUCAACCUGUCAUCUAAUCUUUGACGAGGAGAACUAUGAGAAUUUGGACAAGAUCACGGAUGAAGAGAUGGAUAUGCUGGAUUUGGCCUAUGGAUUGAGCGAUACGUCGCGUCUGGGUUGCCAGAUCUGCUUGAAUAGAUCCAUGGAGGGACUGAUUGUGAAGGUACCGAAAGACGUGGCUGAUAUCAGGAAAUCUGUCGGUGCGAACAAGCAGUGAUGCCUUGCCAACACCUGCCGCGCAGUGUGAACACGUAUGCUCGACUUUGCCCAUUUCCCUUUGUAGAAUCUUGAAGAGAGGGACACUGUAAUAAUACACCAGUGUGGCCAGAUCUGAGCAGGAUCCAGUUCUGCCAUUGCCAAUAGAGGCAAUGUCCGGUACAUGCGGUUCGACUACACGGAAAUGUAUUAGCUGAUUAAUCUAUUACAAUGCAGAGUAGAGCCUCCCUGGUAUGGCUUCCAGGCUCCCCACCCCACCCCUUCACGUUUGGUUGGCGGUGACAAAAUCGUCACCGUUAUAUGUCACAGUUCUACAAUGCGCAGAACCAGUUUAAGCAACGCUGCUGAUCGCCAUGAAACAAACCCAACAAGAGCAUUGGACGUUCUUCACUGUGUCGAUGUUGGUCCUUGUUAAGAGUUUCUGCGUGUGAUGAUUUGACAUUGUUUCUACAGUUCGGGCCACACGUGCCGUUGACGAAAAGGUCUCUUUCUAGGCUCUCUUUUAAGCCUCUCGCCGGUGUUACUUCAGUUCAGAUCAAGCUGCAUAACUAAGGGAACGCUGACCUGGAUGUCAGGUUUCGUAAAGCACUGUGCGGUUCAUGACCACAUGGAUCAAUCGUGCGGUGUGUUUGCAAGGUGGGGGGGGGGGUGGGGGCUUUCUGUUCUGAAAACUUGUGGUGUGUGUCUAGUUGACCAGCAGGGAGCAGUAUAACGCAAUACCAGUCACCAUUCUGUCUGUGGGAAUUACACUGCAUUUACUACGUGAAGCUUUUACAACUUCACAACUAUUAAACUCUCUCUCUCUUUCGCUCUCUCAUUAAAUACACGAAAUGGCAAUU